AUGUGCGGGAUCUUCUUUUCCCUGGCAAAUGGCUCAAAAACACCUUCAGAAGACACAAGACAGCUGCUUGAGCAGAGGGGCCCUGACAGUUGUAAAACCCACAUCGUGCACAAGGAGAUCCUCACGCCCGAGGAACUGUCACCGUCACUAACAUGCGAUCUCACGUUUAUUUCAACAGUCCUCGCACUACGAGGUGAACAUGUUUACGCUCAACCAAUUGUAGACCCUGCAACCCAGUCCGUACUCUGCUGGAACGGAGAGGCCUGGAAGAUUGAAGGCCAGCGCGUCUCUGGGAACGACACAGAACUUAUCUUAAACUUGUUGUUGGAAGCUGUCAGGAGCGACAGUGACCGGAGACUUUCCGCAAGCAGGAUUGGUGCAGCUGUUGCGAAAAUCACCGGCCCCUUUGCAUUUAUCUUCUACGAUGCUGUACAUUCUCGACUUUUCUUCGGCCGUGACUGUUUGGGACGGAGGUCACUCCUUUGGGGGUGGGAUGAGAACGAUACCCUGAAAAUCUGCAGUAUUUGCGAUGGGUCAUCAUCAAGUCACUUCAAGGAAGUGGGCUUCGAUGGAGUCUACACAAUUGAUCUUGAGGCGCCUCGAGGGUCAUUCAACACACUGCAAGACCAGUAUCAGAUUGAGACACUGGCAUGGAAUACAAAGUCUACAUCAUCUUUAAUCGGCCAGAUGGAGAACCCAAUCCCUGCAAUGAACCUGUCUGUACCGUCAGGACAGCCACCGCCACUGAAGCUCAACACCCCGUUCAUUCAGGAAUUAGAGUCUAGGCUACAUCGUUCACUCAAAUUGCGCAUUGGUGAUGUUCCAGCACCUCCAGGCUUUGUUCCAGGGGAGAGUGCUAAGGUUGCUGUAUUAUUUUCUGGUGGUUUGGACUGUACGCUCCUUGCACGACUCUGUCAUGACAUUCUCCCUCUCGACGACCCCAUCGACCUUCUCAACGUGGCUUUUGAAAACCCGCGUGUGGCAGCUGCAGCAGCACAGCAACAGUCUUCCUCCUCUUCCUCUCAAGAUCCCACCGCCGUCUACGAGGCCUGUCCCGAUCGGAUCACCGGUCGUUCGGCGUAUAGUGAGUUGGUCACAAUCUGCCCAGGGCGCAACUGGCGCUUCAUUGCGAUCAACAUCCCUUACACAGAAACUCUCGCCCACCGAGAUCUCGUGAGGCGUCUCAUGAGGCCCCAUAAUACCGAAAUGGAUCUUUCUAUCGCCUGUGCGUUAUUUUUCGCAUCCCGUGGUCGAGGUUCAAUCUCACCACCUACCUGCACAGCUACGCCUGACCCUUCCACCUAUUCUUCCACUGCCAGCUCGGAACUCUACACUACCCCUGCACGGGUUCUUCUCUCCGGUCUCGGUGCGGAUGAACUCUUCGCGGGUUACGGCCGUCAUAGCGUCGCCUUCAACCGCAGUGGAUUCGAUGGUCUCGUCUCUGAAAUCCAUCUAGACGUCAGUCGACUAGGUCAGCGCAACCUCGGACGCGACGACCGAGUUCUCUCACACUGGGGUCGAGAGACUCGAUUCCCUUACCUGGACGAGGAACUCGUUGCUUGGGUACUCCGAGCUCCGGUCUGGCUUAAAUGUGGCUUUGGGCUUGCUACCCCAGAAGAUCCCGAAGAAGCUGCAGCGACAGCUGGUAUCGACGCCGAAAAGAUGGCACUUCGGCUCGUAGCUCUUCGCUUGGGUUAA